UACAUGCUGCUCUUUAACUUUCCAUCCUCUGAUCAAUGCAGGGAACAGAAGGAAAAAAAAAUAUCCAGGAGCCUCCCUCCUCUUACUCCUCCCUGCAACUUCCCCAUCUCUCCCUCCCCUCUCUGCCAUCAGGGGAAUAAAUCAGAAAAGGAAGCGGAGAGAGGGAGAGUGUGAGAUCUGUUACUAAAGUAACACUGAUGGCGGCUGAUCAGAUCUGACUGCCAGAGUAACAAGCACUGGGUCCUUGGCGCUGCAUGUACUCUACAGGCUUCUGUUUGUUAUUUUCCAUUAUUCCUGCUCUGGAUAGGAAUCUGUCCUUUAGAUAGUGAAGAUGGCUGCUUCCUGGUUGCUAAUCUUUAGUCUCACACUUUUCCAGUCCUUGCUGAUAUGCCCUUCAUCUGAGGAAUACUUUCCCUCCGCAUCAACGAUAAAACAAUGGGUAGCGAAAAUGCAAAAUGACCUUGUCACAUUGGCAAGAACUGCAAGUGGUGUGGACCAGCUUGCAGAAAUUUAUUUGAAAAACCGGCAUUUGUAUACAGUUGAGCCCAAUAAUGCACGGCAGCUUGUGGAAAGUGCAGCGACAAACAUUGAAAAACUACUGAGGAAUCGCUCCAAAGCUCUUGUGCACCUUGCAAAGAAGGCAGAGGAGAUUCAAGAAUCACAUCAAUGGCGGGAUCAGUUUUUGAAUAAUAACAUAGUUUACUACAAUGCAAAGGAUGAUCAGAUGGAUCCAGAGAAGAAUGACAGUGAUACUGGAAGUCAAAGAAUAAAGCCAGUGUUUCAAGAUGACCCUGUGUUUCGGCGACAUACAUCUUACCAGCAUUCUGCUGUUCAUAUUCCCACGGAUAUUUAUGAGGGCUCUACAAUAGUACUUAAUGAGUUAAACUGGACGGCGGCACUCGAUGACGUGUUUAAAAAGAACCGAGAAGAAGAUGAAACGCUUUUGUGGCAAGUGUUUGGAAGUGCUACUGGAUUGGCCAGAUAUUAUCCAGCAUCACCUUGGGUGGAUAAAAGUAGAACUGCAAACAAAAUUGAUCUUUAUGAUGUGCGCAGACGACCAUGGUACAUCCAAGGUGCUGCAUCUCCAAAAGACAUGCUUAUCCUCGUUGAUGUGAGUGGAAGUGUUAGUGGGCUUACGCUGAAAUUGAUAAGAACAUCUGUGUCUGAGAUGCUGGAGACUCUGUCAGAUGAUGAUUUUGUAAAUGUAGCUGCUUUUAACAACAAUGCCCAUGAUGUCAGCUGCUUUAACCACCUUGUCCAAGCAAAUGUCCGAAAUAAAAAAGUGCUAAAAGAGGCAGUUAAUAACAUCACAGCCAAGGGGACAACAGACUAUAAAACCGGCUUCAAAUUUGCAUUUGAUCAAUUACAAAAUAACAAUGUAUCACGUGCCAAUUGUAAUAAAAUCAUCAUGCUGUUCACUGAUGGAGGGGAGGAUAAGGCAAAAGAAACAUUUGAAACCUACAAUAAGGAUAAAACUGUUCGUGUUUUCACCUUUUCUGUUGGGCAACAUAAUUAUGACAAGGGACCUAUUCAGUGGAUGGCCUGUCAAAAUAAAGGAUUCUACUAUGAGAUCCCAUCUAUUGGAGCAAUAAGAAUCAACACACAAGAGUAUUUAGAUGUUCUUGGAAGACCAAUGGUUCUGGCUGGAGAUAGAGCUAAACAAGUUCAGUGGACAAAUGUUUAUUUGGAUGCAUUGGAGCUUGGUCUUGUGAUCACUGGAACACUUCCUGUUUUCAAUUUAACAGUAGAUCACAAUGGAAAGAAAAACCAGCUAAUCCUUGGAGUUAUGGGAGUUGAUGUUUCAUUAGAAGAUAUUAAAAGGCUCACUCCUCGUUUUACACUUUGCCCAAACGGCUAUUAUUUUGCACUUGAUCCCAACGGCUACGUACUUCUUCAUCCAAACCUUCAACCAAAGCCUAUAGGUGUAGGUAUUCCCAAGCUAAAUUUAAGAAAAAGAAGACCAGGUACCCAGGACCUAAAAUCUCAGGAACCAGUAACACUGGAUUUUUUGGAUGCAGAACUUGAAAAUGAUCAUAAAGUAGAGAUUCGCACUAAAAUGAUCGACCUUGAAAGUGGAGAGAGCACGUUCAAAACAUUAGUCAAAUCUCAAGAUGAGAGGUACAUUGACAAAGGGAACAGAACAUACACAUGGGGUCCGGUCACUGGUACAGACUACAGCCUAGCGUUAGUUCUACCAUCCUAUGGAUUUUACUAUAUUAAAGCCGCAUUUGAAGAAAGCAUGACACAAGCAAAAUCCAAAAGGUUCAAAAUACAGGAUUCUGAAACGUUGAAGCCUGAGCACUUUGAAGAAACUGGAUACACUUUCUUAGCACCAAGGGAAUACUGUUCUGACCUAAAAAUGUCCACCAAUAACACAGAGUUCCUCUUAAAUUUUAAUUCAUUCAUAGAUCGGAAAACACCAAAUAGUCCAUCAUGUAAUACAGAUAUGGUGAAUAGGGUUUUGCUGGAUGCAGGAUUUACCUUUGAACUUGCUCAACUUCACUGGAAAGGACAAUCACCCAACGGUAUUCUUGCAAGAUUUGUUGCCACUGAUGGUGGGAUAACAAGAGUGUACCCUAGUUUUGCUGGAGAAGACUGGCCUGAAGAUCCAGAAACAUACGAGGAUAGCUUCUAUAAACGUAGUUUGGAUAAUGAUAACUAUGUCUUUACAGCACCAUAUUUUAACAAAACCAGAGGCUCCAGGGCUGAUUCUGGUAUUAUGGUGAGCAAGGCUAUUGAAAUAACCAUUGAUGGUAAAUUGCUUAAACCUGCUGUUGUUGGAAUAAAAAUAGAUGUUAACAGCUGGAUGAAAAAUUUUACAAGGGACACUACCAAAAACCCGUGUAAGGAGGAAAUCUGUGACUGUAAAACGAACAGUAAGCAAUUGGAUUGUGUAAUUCUGGAUGAUGGUGGGUUUCUAUUGAUGUCCAAUCAAGAGGAUCAUAUUACGCAGAUUGGCAGAUUCUUUGGAGAGAUUGACCCUAGCCUGAUGAGGCAGCUUGUUAACAUUUCUGUGUAUGCCUUCAAUAAAUCUUACGACUACCAGUCUGUGUGUGAUCAAGCGGAUGAGCCAGUAAAAACAGCUGCUACUCGCUCUGUGUUUGUGCCCACCAUAGCGGAUAUCUUAAACCUUGGAUGGUGGGCUUCUGCCGCUGCCUGGUCUAUUAUGCAGCAGUUGUUUUGGAGCCUUACUUUUCCACGGUUCUUGGAAGCUGCUGAAUUUGAUGAUGAGGAUUUUUCCUCUGAUCAGUCUAAACACAGCUGUAUCACAGAGCAAACACAGUACUUUUUUGAAAAUGACAACCACUCCUUUAGUGGCUAUCUGGACUGUGUUAAUUGUUCAAGAAUCUACCAUGUUGAAAAGAUCUUGAACACCAAUUUAGUUUUUAUAAUUAUCGACAGCACGCUCACGUGUGAUGCUUGUGAUAACCAACCUUUAAUUCAAGCAGAGCAGCGUUCCAAUGGCCCAGAUCCAUGCCUCCUGGCUCAGACCCCAAGAUAUAGAAAAGGACCUGAGGUUUGUUUUGAUCAAGAUGUUGGGGAAGAUGACACAGACUGUGGUGGAGUUUCUGGGUUAACCCCUUCUCUAUGGUCUAUGAUUGGCAUCCAAUUUGUUCUGCUAUGGCUUUUAUCUGGAAUCAGGCAUUGUGCAUUAUGACCCUAAAAACCAAAAUAUAUAUUUCAGAAGUCAACUCCCUGCCAAAAGAUUAGCCCUGAAAAAAACAUGAAAUGGGUCACUUUAUUCAGACAAUAGAAGAAUUAACAUGUCUGAACAUUAACUUAAUAAUGUGUAAAAAAAAACUCAUACAGAAAACCACGAAGGCUGCAUGUUGGAGUGUUUAACUCUCAAAGACUACUUGUGUGAAUGCUGCAUCAUUUAUGCCAUUGGAAUACAAAUCUAGAGUCAAUGUGCUUUAUGGAACAAUCUAUCAUGAUCUCUUUUUUCUGCAUCAUAAAAGGGCUCCCUUUAAUAUACCUUCUAUUCAUCAUUAUAUCUUUCUUUUUAAAUAUAUGUUGCACUUCUAGCCCUUUUUUGUGUUGUCUUCUACAAAUCAAAUUAAUUUUAUUAUUGAAUAAUGAUUUCUAAAUUUCUAGUCAAAUACAUUGGUUAGCAUCCUAAAAUAUUCACAAAUCUAAAAUGCCUUACAUAUUAAAUGGUUAGUUUUGCCAUUUGGGGUUAAAAACAUACAUAAUAGGAGGUAUAUUCUUUUGAUAAGGAAGGAAUUUUGAGAUUCAGGGAUCACUGUUAAACAGGUGCUUGGGGUUUCAUCUUAGGGAGUCUAGUGUGAGUCCUACAAUAACAACUAUGCUUUUGUAAAUGUGGUUCUGUAACUUAAUGCCAACCAAAUUCUGCUAAAUGCUCAGAGAUGGUUAAAAAUAAAACCAAAACAAAAAUAGAAAAAAAACAAAAAUUAAAAAACACAUUGGUUAGAAUUAAUUACCAAUGGUAUUUAGCAUGCUGCAGCUGCUGCUAUUUUGUUUUUUGUUUUUUUGUUAGGAUAUCAUUUUUUAUGGCAGACUAUAAUUAUUAUGAGUGAAUGGUUUGUGUGGAAAACAAACAUUAAAAUGUGAUAGUUCUGUGAGCUUUGAUAAUACUAUACAGAGCUCUAAAUAUACUUUGCAAUCAAAAUCACUUUAAUAAAUGUGCACUAAAGGUAUCAUUAUAAAGAAUUACAUCAUUUUAUAUACAAAUCUUAUUUAUUUCUAAUUUAUUCUACACCAAUAGACAUGCCACAAAAAUAAAAAAGCUGUAACAAUGUUUUGUCACUAUACAAACAUUUGUUUUGUGUGCCAUGUUUAUAAGCAGUAUAUCUUUAAGAAAUACAACUCAGAUUCAUAUAACAAAAUAAUCAUCAUUCAUAAUCACAAAUACUUUGACUGGCAAAGGAAGCAAACAUUCUACUUCUGCAGUUUUUUACAAUGUCAAGACAAUACACAUAGAAUGACUCAAAGAUUCCUAUAGCAUCUAUUAAUACAACCGUUGGCAGAUUUAUUAAAAUUCAAGUUUGUGAUUCAUGAAAAACACCAAUAGUAGGUAAAAAAACAUGAAAGGCCUCAAAAGAAAAAUCUGCAAGUGAAACCAGGCAAGGUACAAUUGGAGUCACUGAGAGUAUACUCAAGCAAUUUUAUUUAUUUUAAAACAUUAAGCCUUAUUGAAAAUGAAUGGAACAAUUUAAUUUUCACUGGUGUGCAAUUUUUUUUUGCAAAAAAAUGCAAACUACUAGUCAAUUAUUUUUUUUUUCUUAAACUAGUAUUUGAGGGGAAAAAAAACUUUAGAAAGUGCUUGUGCUUUUUCACCGAUUUUUUCUGCACCCGCUCUAUUUUCUUCAUUCUUGAAUUUAGAAAAAUCAGCCUCUAAGUAUAGUGCUUAUGAAGGGCACAUUGUCAAACUACUAGAGGGCAGAUGUAUGAAAUAGUGAUGGGCGAAUUUCUCCCAUUUUGCUUUGCUGAAAAAUUAGUGAAAGUCAAAAAUUUACGUAAAUUUUGACGCCGGCGUUAAACCUUUCACCCAUUGAUAAAUAUGCUUCUUAAACUCCCAUAGGAAUGAAUAGAAGGGAGGUGAUUUUUCACACUUUGAUAAAAUAAGUGGUUAUGGUUAAAUGAAGACUGGCUAAAUUUAGUUCAAAAAGAGAUCAGAAAUGCUAGUAUUGUAAACCUACACAGCAAAGGUUAUCACCUUUUCUUAAUUUAUUUGUUUUGCUUUUUGUUUUUUAUUUAUUUUUAUUUAUUAAGACCACUUACAGUUUUAAACACUAAUUAAAAUUGUACAAAUACUAUAUCUUGGUUUUUUUCAUGCUUUAGCGAAAUAAUUCAAUUCGCAUGGCUUAGUGACUAAAUUUGUUCAGUGGUACUUUAGAUAUUUUUUGAAUACACUUUUACCAAAAACACUGAUAUUUUUGUAAAUGAAUAGGAAGUCCUCAUAAUGCUGGACUAGAACCCAUUGUUUUUUUUUUAAUUAAUAUAUUAAAAAAUCAAUUACUUGCUGGGGGUUGGAAAGCAUUUCACAUUAUCAUCCCAUGUUUAUGCAGCAAAUUGUAUUGAAUUGAGUAGCUUUGAAUCUGAUAUAUAGUUCUAUUUAUGUGAUCACUGUUGCAGAAUGAAUUUGUCCACUAUACUAUAAAUGAAUCACUCAUAAAUCCUUUUUGGUUGCUUUUUGUAGUCCUCAAUCUAAUCUAUAUUCACAUGUGCACUAAUAUUUUGUAUAUUUAAACCAGUGAACUGCUAUAAUGUAUAUUGAAACCUUGACACAAACAGUAUUUACUUUCUCUGUUGUGUACUUUUCAUAAACUAAAUUUAAAAGAGAUUCCCAAAUUGCUAUAUAAUAUGUAUAAUAUGAUUUGUUACAACAACAACUGCAUUGUACUGAUAAAUUAAUAUAAACUCUAUAAUGGCACGGGAACGAUUGUAUGACAGUUUUAUGAAUGCAUAAAUUGAAUUAAUGUCGAUGUAUGUCUUUUAGCGAUUAAUACAAUCUUUCAUUGACAACUUCCAUUUUAAGUUUCACGAGACAGAAGUCCUUUUUUUAACAAACAUUUAUUGGAAAAACAGGAAAGAAGAUUAGUGCAAUACCUGCAAUUAAAAAAUGGUAACAUCUGUACUUUCAUUUACAUAUUAAAAGCCAGCAUCACUGCCAAAACAUUGAAUGUGAUUUAUAUUUUUAUCUGCAUUACGAUAAUUCAUGUGACAUGCUUGAUUGAUGUUUCUGUAUGUUAAAGUAUUUAUUAUAUAUUCCUUUUAAAAUGGUUUAUGAACAAAUGUUUGUUGUAACAAUGUUUUUGACAUUUGUACAUUUUGCUCCUUUUUCUCAAGUUAAUAUUGGCCUUAUUGGGUUUAUAUACAUAUAUAUAUAUAGGUAAAAUCCCCUUUAAGUGACCUUUGCACCCCAAGUGUAACUUCCUGUUAAAUAUUUUUAAAUACUGUUUUUCAAAGCAGCAUUACCUUUUUAUUUCCACUUCGCUGAAACUCAGAAAGCUCAACUUGCAUGGAUUUAUUUACACUGGUCUUCUGAGAUCCAGAAUGCUCCCAAUACAAACAUAAACUUGGAAACGUCAAGUUCUACAAAAUACUACAUUUUAACAGUCAUUUGUUACUGCAAAGUGGACUAUUAAAAUUGCAGUUUGUGGUUCAUAUGCAAUUCAAUAUUUCAAAGAUGCAUGUAUAUUUUCCAUUCAUCUGUCUGCCAAUACUAGAUCACAGUCACUAGAUAAUUGCGGUUGUGGACAUAGUGAUUAUAUUCUGCCUUUGCGUAGGAAAGGAACUCUAGAUCUGACUUCCUUACUUGAAUUGCUAUGAUGGUCCUGCAAUUUCUACUCUCUCUCUCUCUUCUAUUAGGAAGUCAAAACUGACUGCCAACUAAAUAUUCAGUUUCAUGUGAUCCAUUUUUUAUAUAUCUUAUUAAGUUGAAUGUUCCAAUUUGUUUUUUUAUAUAUAUAUAUACACACACAUGAUUUUAAAAAAUGUGGAUUUCUAUGACAACCCUAUUAUAGUGCUUUCUGAGCACUUCAUAUUUCCUGUCCAUUUUUUGCAUUUCGACACUUUUGUGGAACUUGACACGCCUAGAGACAUUUUGUAAAAAUUUGUAUAAUAAUGUUUCAAAGAUUUAUAAUUAUAGAAUAUGUUGUGUUUAAUUAUUGUGCAAAGACAGUAUAUUCAGAAAUAAAGGUUUAUCAUUUAACGUCCCUCAGUAUAAUUCCUUUAAAAAAAAAUUAAAUGUGUAACAAAAAUAUUAAACAGUCUAUUGCAUAUUUUCAGAAUUACAUUGAACUAAAUAGCCUACUGAAAUUGUCUGUCAGCACUACUCUCAUUGCUCAUUUUAUUAAACCGUUUAAGAAUCUGAGUACACAUUUUCUCAACUAUUUAUCUUAAGUAACUCUGUAUUUCAAUAUGGCUUAAUAAAUCAGAACAAAC